AUGCCUACGCCAUCCCCGAAGCGGUCUAGGGACACGAAGCGCCUGGGAUCGUUUCACUACCCCUGGCAACCCGAUCGGCGCCCUCCGUCGCAGUCGUUGGCCUGGGCUCCAUCCCGCCCGCCCUUGGAUGAACCAACCCCAACCGCCAACCACCGCCUCGACUCCAGCGCCGGACAGGAGUCGAGGAGAGGAGUCAGGGAGAGAAGGAAGAGCACACAUGAGUCGGAAUCAGACCUUCGGACAUCCACCGUGACAGAUCACUAUUGGAAGAUCGGCUGUCAAUCCCACCAGGCCCGAUGCAUCAUGACCCGGUGA